AUCGGCCCUUCCUUCCUUCUUUCAUCUCACUAAUCUUGAUCCCACACCUGCGUCUCUCUCCUUCCCCCCUCAUCUACGACGCACUCCCAGAUCGACGUCCCCCAUGUCCGCCGGUCCCUCCUUACCCAAACCGCGGACCGUGACGCUCACGAGUCGCGGGAACAUUGAGUACAUAUCGGAUGGGUUGUAUUCUACCCAAGGCGCGGACGUCAUCAUCAGCGCGAUAGGCGCGCGGCGGAAUGUCAGCAAGCUCAUCCUUGGUCAUAACGAGCUGGGGGACGCAGGGACCGUCCGCCUCUUCGAAUUCCUCCGAUCCCCGGGCGCUGCGAGACACCGCAUCAAGGAGAUCAGCCUCAACUCGAACAAGAUUGGCAAUGCGGGCCUGCUGGCUGUAGCGGGCUUCUUGAAAGACAAUACGACCCUUAAUGCCCUAUUCCUACAAGAUAAUGAAUUUCUGGCCGACCCCGAGGUCGCUGCGACACUCGCGGACGCCGUCAACUCGUCCAGCCUUGAAAUCCUAUCCCUGGCUACAAACCCAGGGCUAGGCGACGGAUUUGUCGCUGCCUUCCUCCCCCUCCUCAACUCCCCUUCGCUCCACGAACUCUACCUUUCCGCCAUGCACCUCACUCCCGCGUCCCUUCCACAUAUCACCGAAUACCUUGCCUCCAACCGUACGCACCUCCAAACCUUCAAAUGCAACGGCAACUUCCUCGGCACCCGCGCCGUGCGAGAGAUCAUACGCACCAUCGAGCGCAGCAACUACCACCUCCUCCACCUGGAGUUGUACUCCAACAACCUCGCGGGCGGCGAGGACGACUGGCAAACCCCCGAUGGCGAGGAGAUCGACAACGGCAUCGCGCGCGCAACCUGGCAGACCUGCGAGCUGCAACUCCGGCGCGUGCUCAUGCGCAACGCGCACCUCAAGCGCGAGACCGAGCACGACGCGCUCCGGCUGCUGUACUACUCGCGCGCCGUCCUCCUGCGCUCGGCGCGGAAACCGCGCGAACGCGAGGGCCGCUGCGCCGGCUGCAACUGCUACACGCCCGGCGAACGCAGCUCGCGGUCACCCUCGCCCGUCCCUGUUGAGAUCGUGCCCCCGGCAGGCGCGCCCCACGUCCCUUCCCUCCCCAUCGAGCUCGCGCACCACAUCCUCUCGUUCUUCGCCCCGACGCUGUCGCCCGCGCAACGGGUGCGCAUCUUCCAGUAUGCUGCGCGGCCGGAGACGCUCCCACGGGUAGCGCAAUGCGAAGGUGCGUCGAAAGGGGGUGGGGUCUGCGUUCCAGAUCCGGCGAGCCUCGAUUUCGCAGGUGGAGGUGGAGGGGGCAAGGUGUGGGAUAUCGAGGGCGGCGGACGGAGCAGCGGGUGUGGGUCAGGAAAGUGUAUGGGCGGGGGCAGCUUGGUGUGCCAUAGGGAGCAGGAGCGAGUCCGCUGGCUGAGCGAAGUGGGAUGUAAUGCAUAUGAACCGCAGCGCGUCGAUAAUACUCUAUGAUGGCCUUCAUUACGACUGUUUGCAUUGUACUCCGUUGCCGUGAUAUGAAGCUGACGUGUACGCCUUGCUUGUAUUCGGCGAUGAAGUGAACAAGUUGGAUAAAAAAGAAGAGAUGACCCUAG